GACUAUGAUAAUUAUAUGUUUAUAUAUUUUUAAGGUGUCAUAUAAUUACUAGUAUUGUUAUGGACCUUAGACGAAAACAAAAGAGAAAGGAAUCUCAAGAAGAUUUAUCACCUAAUGCCAACAAAAACCAGAAAAUGGAUAGAUCAUCAAGCCAGCACUGUUGGGAGAGUUCAAUACCAUCAGAUGAACAGUUGCAGAUAUCACAUAACGAAAAUGAAUGUCAAUCAAAUAAAAGAAAAAGAUUACAUGAAGACAACGGAUGUCUUCAAAAUGUGAAGAAAGUAAAACGCAAUCCAAGACUUCCAAUAGAUAGUGUUAAUAAAGGUUCAACAAUAUCCGAAGGCUCAAACUUGCAUGCGUUCCUCUUUGUUCUCAUUAAAUAUGCAGAAGAAUUAAUGAGGAAAAAAUUUAAUGAGAUCGUUAAACCAGAGAACUUAAAAGAGCAUAUAGAAAAGCAUAGAAAAUCUUUUAAAUCUUUUAAAUCUUUGGAAGAAGUACAGGGAAAACUAUUGUUUCCUGAAAAUGGAGAAGUUAGUACAGAUAAUUUUGAUGUUACCACCCUGUACACAUUGUUUCGGCGAACUUUAGAAAACAUAAAGCCCCAAAACGGAUGGAAUGUUUUUCCAGGAGACGAAAAUAUUACCCUUGGUGAUGAUAUUGAGAGAAUCCAUAUAAUCAGGAACUUCGUGGUUCAUCUUCCACUAAAUAAAGAAUUUGAAAAGAUGAAAAAAUACAAAGAGGUUUUGCUUCAGAUUAUUGACCGUCUUGGGGGCUCCGUAGAUGAUACCACUCAAGAAUUGGAGUCCAUUCCUAUCCCAAAAUUGAGGAUUAGAGAGAACGAAACACUUGAAAAAGGUCAAAAUACUCCAUCUGUCGAAAAAAAAUGGAUAGAGGAAGAUAAGCUUUACUUUGAAACCCAUUCAUUCAGAAGAAUUUGGAUGCAAAUGAAAAGACGUAAAAACAUGUUAAUUAUUGGUGGACCCAGAAUAGGUAAAAAAGCACUAAUUCGACAUUGUGCUCUUAAACUUCAAACGCAAGGGUUCAGUAUAUUGCCAUUAUCAAACCCAUCUGACUUGAAAUCAUUUGCAAAAAAGGAAGAAAAGCAAGUAUUUUUAAUGGAGAACCUGUAUGGACAAGGAUUGAAUGAUAGUUUUUCCUUGAUGAUAGCAUAAUAUUGAAAGC